AUGGCACCAGCCGCCAUCACACCACCUCGCGAGACAUCGCCCCCUCCCACCACACAAGCAGAGAUGUCUUCAUAUCAAGGCUACGACCACGUGCACUGGUACGUUGGCAAUGCCAAACAAGCAGCCGCCUACUACAUCGCCCGCAUGGGCUUCGAGAAGAUCGCAUACAGAGGUUUGGAGACCGGGUCUAGAGGACUCGCAUCCUACGUCGUGCGCAACGGAGGCGUCACUUUUGUCUUGACUUCUCCUCUGCGUGGAUUGGGUAUGUUGCAUGAUGUCCCUGAGGAGGAGAGGGAGUUGGUUAGGGAGGUGCACAAGCAUCUCGAGACUCAUGGUGAUGCUGUCAAAGAUGUGGCAUUCGAAGUCGAUGAUGUAGAGUCCAUCUACAACGCCGCAGUCUCGGCAGGAGCAACCUCCAUCAAAGCCCCCAACAUAAUCCACGAAGGCAAACUCGGCUACGUCAAGACCGCCACAAUCCAAACCUACGGACAAACCACUCACACCCUGAUCGAGCGCCAAAACUACCGCGGCCUCUUCUUCCCUGGCUUCCGUCUCGAACCCACCACAAAGGACCCCUUGAACCUGAUUCUCCCACCCGUCACCCUCGAAGCGAUCGAUCACUGCGUCGGCAACCAAGACUGGAACGAAAUGGACGAUGUGUGCGCCUACUACGAAAAAGCCCUUGGUUUCCACCGUUUCUGGUCCGUCGACGACAAGGAGAUGUGCACCGAGUUUUCGGCCUUGAAGUCAGUCGUCAUGGCUUCUCCCAACGAAGUUAUCAAAAUGCCCAUCAACGAGCCUGCAGAGGGGAAGAAGCAAUCCCAGAUUGAGGAAUAUGUUGACUUCUAUGGCGGUGCUGGUGUUCAGCAUGUCGCUUUCAGAACUACUGACAUCGUUACUGCCAUCAGAAACCUCAGAGCCAGAGGCAUGGAGUUCAUCAAGGUUCCUGAGAACUAUUAUGUGGCUAUGAGAAAGAGACUUGAGGCUGCUGGCAUGAAGUUGAAUGAGGACUUUGAUGUCCUUGCCAGCCUUGACAUCUUGAUUGACUUUGACGAAGGCGGUUAUCUCCUACAGUUGUUUACUAAGCAUCUGCUGGACCGCCCUACUGUCUUCAUCGAAAUCAUCCAGCGCAACAACUUCGACGGCUUUGGUGCUGGUAACUUCAAGUCGCUCUUCGAAGCCAUCGAGAGAGAGCAGGAGUUGAGAGGCAACCUGAUCUGA